GUGCAUAUCUUGAAAUACUCUUGUUUCACGCCUUUGUGACAUUCACUGACACUUCACCUCCCACUGGAAGUAAAACAGAUUGGGGGUCAACGGUCCGAGGCAUGGAAAGAUGUUCACUUUUAAAAACAGGGGUGUUCACAUUUGACGACCUUGGCCCGAAAUCAAUUUUAAGUGCUCAGAAUGUUGAAUACAUGAUUUUGAAAGAAUUUUGGGCCAAAGGGAAUGUAGGAGGUGAUGUGUCAGGAGACUUGAUGCCAUCUAUCCUUUGCCUGAACACACUUUACAGAAUGGAUUGGAUUGAUACCCUUUGACCUCGAGACUAGUAAUAAUAAACAUCAUCUGACUUGUGAGAUGCAGCUCUUAAAAUGCGAACAACUCUCAAAAAGGAUAUGGAACAUAUAAUCUAAGCCAGUAAAUACCUAAUACAAAUUGUUCGGAUGCUCGUCUCCAAUAGAAUUCUUUUCUUAGAAACUUACAUCGUUUAUCACUAACAUGUACGUACGUAUUCAGUAUUCUACUUAAU